CUUUGGUCGUUUAUUGGCUAAGCGCGAAAUUUAAAUAGUUGUUGGGAGCAGCUAGGAAGCUAGCUAAUAACGAGCUAAAUCCACACAGUUUGCUCUGUGUUACAGCGGAGCUAAAUAAAGCGAUUGUUAAUAAAGUUUAUUUCAUGUUCAGGGAGCUGAGAUGGAUAUCAGCUCGUAUUUACGGUGCUUUGAGGACAGCUUGGCCUCCUACAGUGGAGAUGAUCCUCUGCAUCCGUGGGACAGGUUUGUCGACUUCCUGGAGCAAAUGGGCGCCGGCAGCGAGAUGUUGCCGGUGUUUGACGCUAUUGUCCAAAGGUUCCUGAACGUGGAUCGAUACGCAAACGACAUCAGAUACGUGAACUACUGCAUCAAAUGUGCCAGCCAUUACCCGGACCCCGCGGCGCUGUAUGGCCACGUGUUCAGUAAAGGCGUGGGCAGCAGGACGGCGGCGCUGUACGUGGCCUGGGCUCAGCAGCUGGAGAAGAAGGGGAUGAACCAGCAGGCUGAUGGCGUCUACCAGAAGGCUGUGGAGAACCAGGCCCAGCCUGCAGACCUGCUUCUCCACGAAUACAGCCAGUUCCAGAGCAGAACCAGAACCCAGCCUCCGCCGCCCGGCGCUCCGCUCCCUCUGCAGAACUCGCAGCAGACCAACCAGAUCCAGGCGUCCCACCAAAGACAGGGACAGAACAAGGCGCCGGCUGUCUCUCCAUCACAACCAGCUGCACGCAGAACCAUCGUCACGGUGUCUCGCUCCGAGGUUCCCAGAACCCUCCCCUCCAGCGCCGCCGUCCCAACUUCAUCUGCCUACGACAAGGACACGCUGGUCUGCGACGGGUCCGAGUUCUGCUUUGAAGAGGUCCGAGCGGCAAAAUACUUCCUAAAGGUCCGGCAGCAGAGGGAGAAGGAGCAGAGGGAGCAGAGGGAGAAGGAGCAGAGGGAGAAGGAGCAGAGAGAAAGCAUGGAGAGGAGGCUGCAGGAGGAGGAGGAGGAGGCGGCCCAGAGGCUGAAUCCCGCGUUGGACCGAGUCAACCAGGACCUGGAGGCUCGAUUAGGACUCCCCAGCUGGUUUGUGGCCCAGCAGGCCCAGUCCUCUGCUGCUGCUCGCCCCCCUCCUUCAGAACCGGGCGGCCGGCGGCCCCUGGUUCUGGGAGCGGACCCCGGGCCCUGCUCCGCCCAGCAGCUCCACAGCGGCGAGCCUGGCGCCUUGUGUCUGAGCAGCAGUCUGGUUCCGGAGCCGGAGGACAAACUGGACGGGUCCUGUGGAGGAGCCGCUAACCUCUCCCACAUCACCCCUAACUCCUCCCUAGGCUAUGUUCAGGCCACGCCCACCAGGGUUCUGCCGUCGCCCACCGUUAACACCCAGGAGGCCCUAGACGCCAUCAUGGACAUGUUCCAGGCUCCCACCCUCCUGGACGGCCCGUUCCAGGAAGCCUCCAUGCUCCACGGCGCCGCUGAGACCCACCUGGAACCGUGCGCCGUCUCCUCGGUACCGAACCCCCCCGCCCACGCCUCCACCCCGUUCACCAUCUUCCAGGACGAGGAGGACGCCAGCGCCGCAGCGCCGCCUGAGAAGUCCAAACCCGUCAACGUUUUGGUCGACCUCGGCGCCCCCAAAGCAGACCGGCCCAAUGAGACCCCGUCAGAACUGGUCCCGGAUGAGAGCACCACCUGGGGGGCCCGCUACAACUCGCUGCGGCAGCUGGACGCCUGUCCCAACAGCACCAGCGACUUCGCCCUGCUGGCCCAGUGUGUCUCCACGCCCUUCACACACAAGAGUCUGUUCAGCAGCAGCUUCCAGACCCAAGAGAACAGCGGCUCCGCUGAGGAGAACUUCUACCUCCGACGUCAGACCAAAAAGCUCAGCCCCAUCAUAGAGCAAAGUCCGAGUGCCGACCCGGCCGACGCCAAGCCGCUGCCCCCCUCCUCCUCCAGACAGGGAACCAUCAUGGCCGACGGCUCCGCCUCCUCGUCCCUCAGCAUAAUGCAGCCUCCUGCCGUGCUUUCCUUCAGGGACCAGACGUCCUGCCCAGCCCAGUCGGACGGUUCCGGAUGGGAGGUGUACCCCAGCCCUGAGCGGCGCCCUGAACCUGCCUCUCAGAGCCGGUCCUUUAAGAUCCUGGAAGACCCGGAGCCGGUCAGUCCAGAACCGGUCCGGAACCGACCCUUUGACGUCCCCAUGAGCCCAGAGUCCGCUCCCAGUGCCGCCUGGCUGGACAUCAGGAGUCCUGAACCCGCGGCCGAGCCGGACCUGGACGCCUUCCUGAGCCCCCGUCCUCCCGUCCCAGCCGAACCCAGAACCCGGGAUGUUCCCAUGAGUCCGGAACCUCCGACCAGCGCCCAGGUCCGGCCCGUGUCCGAUCCCUGGGAUUCAGAACUGAUCUUGGACCUGCUGGGCGGGCUGAACCCGCCUCUGACCUCUCACCCCCGCUGCAUCAGCUGGCCCUGCAGGGUCCCCGCCAUCGGACCCAAGAUGACCCUCAGCGUGGGGAACUCCUCCCUCAGGGUGGACGGCGUCCUCGGGAAGGGAGCCUUCGCCACGGUCUACCAAGCCACGGACCCCCGGACCUCAGAGAAAGUGGUGUUAAAGGUCCAGAAACCGUCCAAUCCCUGGGAGUUUUACAUCAACAGCUGCCUGGACGCGCGGCUGCAGCCCGCCGUCCGCCACCUGUUCAGCAGGAUCCACUCUGCUCACCUCUUCCAGGACGGCAGCAUGAUGCUGGGGGAGCUGCACCAGUACGGCACCCUGCUGAACGCCGUGAACAUCUACAGAACCAUGAGUGAGAAGGUCAUGCCUCAGCCCCUGGUGCUGUACUUCAGCGUCUGCAUCCUGCACACGGUGGAGAAGCUGCACGCCGCGGGCAUCAUCCACGCCGACAUCAAGCCCGACAACUUCAUGCUGGGAAAGAGGUUCCUGGACAGCAGCUGCUUCGACGCGGACGGCGUGGACCACGGCCUCGUCCUCAUCGACCUCGGCCAGAGCAUCGACAUGCAGCUGUUCCCGGAAGGCACGGCGUUCACCGCGCGGUGUCUGACAUCAGGCUUCCAGUGCACCGAGAUGCUCAGCGGGAAACCGUGGACCUACCAGACGGAUUACUUCGGCGUGGCGGGGACGGUCUACUGCAUGCUGUUCGGGAGCUACAUGCAGGUCAGCCAUGAUGGCGGCGUGUGGAAGACCAACGCCGUCUUUAGAAGGAACCCGCACAGCGACCUGUGGCUGGACUUCUUCCACACGCUGCUGAACGUGGCGGACUGCGCCCCCCUGCCCAGCCUGCGGGCGCUGCGCUGCAGGAUGGCGUCCGCGCUGCAGCAGAACUACGGCAGCAAGCUGCAGAUGCUGAAGAACCGGCUGGUGGUGAAGCUGCUGGAGGAGGCGCGCAGAUAACCGCUGCGGCGCUACUUCCUGUCUGGACCCAUUGAUCCUGAAACCAUCACAGCUCCAACUGGGAGACUCUCCUGGUUUUUAUUCUUCCAUUUAUUUUACACCUGUUACAUUUUUCUCCUGUUCGUAAUAAAGUCUGACGCUGUGGAUCGAGCUCAACGUUUCUAAUUAAACUCGUCUGACGGAACACGGCAUCAAUCAGGCCGCAGCAGGGAUGGUUUCCUGUUGCCAUGGUAUCCGAUGUUCAAGCUUUAAACUCUGCAGGAAUCUAACGUCCAGAUUCGCCAUCCUCCCUCGCCGCCCCGCCCA